AUAAUGAUGAAGGUCAACGCCACAGCUCAGCUGGUUCACGGUGUGGAGCUCUCUAAGGACCUGACUGGAGUGACAGCCAAGAUGUCACACUUGAACUACAUGAUGACUGUCUUCUUUGAUGGCUACACUGCACAGAUAGACAUUAAAGGACCAAGUGGACAAGCUCCAUCUGUGGACGGUUUAUGUGGCAACUCCAGCUCUUUCAGGAAAGCGAGGCUCUCUGACAGCAGCACCAUCGGCUGUGAGACACACUACGAGGACACUACUGACAGAACGAUCAACUGCAACACAACGACUAAACGCUGCAAUCUCCUGAAGGAGGGGCCCUUUACCGCCUGUCACAGCAACAUCGAUCCAGAGCCCUACGUAACUGCCUGCAUCAACACUUUGUGCAAAUAUCCUACUGUAGACGGUCUCAACUGUCAGUUCCUGGAGGUCUAUGCCAGAGCCUGCAGCCUGUACAACAACGACAAACUGGAGAGCUGGAGGUCAAAUGCCAGCUGCUCUGCAGACCCUCAAGCCUUCUGUCAGGACCGGUUCUGCAGUGCUCAUGAGUUCUGCGGUGAGAACAGUAACAAGGGUGGAACCCGUUGCUACUGUCGGGCCAUAUUUGCCUCCACAUACAGAUCCUUAAACACUUUUGGUGAAAAUGUGGUCUGCAAUAAGACCACUCGGUCAGUUACUCUGGUGGGUUGUCUCCUGGAGGACAAAGGCAUCCUCUACUCAGACUUGCACCUCUAUGACAAGACCUGCAGAGGUGAGAUAGACAAUGAGACCCACAUGGUGACCUUAGGCUUCGACACCAAGACCAAAUCCUGUGGGACGUUGAUCAGGAUGGACAACAGCCAAAUUAUCUAUAAGAAUGGUGUCAUACUGGAGACCACACAUGAGGAAUUGAUGGACCUCACAUGCCCCCUUGUUUUUCCAGAAAUAAACAUCAAUUUCCCAACGGGCAUCAAAAUCAAAGGCGGUAACAGCAGCGGUAUAGUAACAUAUAUUACAUCUGGAGAUCGUAACUACACUCUGACCAUGAAGGCCUUCACCGACACUGGCCGUACACAAGCUGUGAAUUCAAAUACAGAGCUCCACCUGAACCAGAGGGUCUGGUUUGAGAUGAAGGUGGGCAUCUCGGAUGAUCAAAGGAUUGCUUUGGUGACGGACUCCUGUUUCGCAACCAACGAACCAUCAGCCAAAUCGAGUCUGAGGUACAACCUCAUCAUCAACGGCUGUAGUAACCCUUCUGACAAAUCCGUGAUUAUGGAGGGCAAUGGACAGGGAACAUCCAGCUACUUCUCCUUCAAAAUGUUCAAGUUCAGUGGGAAAACUGGGGAAGUCUACCUGCACUGCAAACUGUAUCUGUGUAUCAAACAGAACAACUCCUGCGCCCCGAUCUGCAGCCCAAAUGGUAGAAGACGCAGAUCUGCAACGUUUGAACAUGAAGAUGAAAACCAAGCCAUCGUCAUCAUGGCCUGGAGUAGUUAGGUAAUAAACGUCUCUUCUGAUAAGCAGAGCUGAAGGUGGCUGAAGAUCACCAGUGAAGGUGACCAUCCACUUCCAUUGAAGACCUUUAAACAACUUGGAAACAUGAAGUGCAGUUAAAAUGUGCCACUUUUUGGGUUAAUACUGUUGAUGUGUGGUGAAUUCUGACUUUUGAAUUUCUACAAGUUUUCUUUUCCAUUCUACAAGUUGUAAAGGGGAUUUUCUUAGUAGUCUUCAUUCAGGUAACAGGUGAGAUACAGCUUAUAGACAGUUCAUGCGCGGUGUCACUAUCAGACCCCAAAAAGUAUGAAUGCUCUCUGCAGUUUUCAGCAAUCGCUCUUGGCUGGUUGAUAGGGAGACGCUAUAAUUUUAGGCAUCAGACUAGCAGAUAUCAAGUGUUCUCUGGGAAUCUUAUAUUUACAGAACUCACUGUCUCCACAGAUUGCAAAAACAUGUGACCAUUAGAUUUCAGCUUGACGUAGGGAAUGCAUUGGAGUCUGAACAUUAGCGGAUUGAUCUAUUCAGACCAGUUAAAGAUAAACUUGUAGUUAAAGCCCAGAGACAGUAAGGGGAAUGCAGAGAAAUAUAUAUUUUGGACAAAAGAGGAUUUUUCUCAGAUUUGGUUUAGUACUUCGCUGUGUUCACACACUGUAUGCUGUUACUAUUGUUGUUUUUUAUUUCUAAAGUUUGACUUGAUUUGUGAAGGGUGCUAUAAUAAAUAAACUUUAUCAAACAACUCAUCA